AUGAUUUCUCUCAACGAUCAAAUCGCCAUCGAGCGUAUCUCGAGCGACUGCUACCGCUCUAUAGUUCCUCCGAUCCGCAUGGGAGAUCUCGCAAACUGGGCCUACGGUGGCAACAUCUUGGCCAUCGCGGUGAAUGCCGCCUACGCAACUGUCACAACAAGUCAACAUUUAUACUCGAUCAGUGGAUAUUUCCUACGACCAGCGAGCACAUCCCAAAAUCUUAUAUGCCAUGUUGAAUCCAUCCGCAAUACAAGGACAUUCCAAACACGACAUCUCCGUGUGUUCCAGUCCCAGGGGGAAUCCGAACAGCUGUGUUUGAUCGCGACGGCUGACUUCCACGUUGAUGAACCGGCCAGCAUGGUGAACUAUUCGACUCGUUCACAGCUCCCAGUCCCAUCUACCCCGGCAGUUGAAACUGAGACCGAGAAAACGCAAGAGCCAGGCCUCUAUAGGUUUCUCGACACAAUUAUGGAGGUCCAUCCGCAUCGUGCCGAUUCAGCCAAGAAAGAAGUUUCAGGCAUCGUAUCAGCUGAUAGAUUUCGUCUAAGUGGUAACCUUCACACCGAGGCCGACCGAAUCGCUGCCCUUGCCUUUUAUAUGGACCGCGGCCUGGCAUAUAUCCCUGCGAACCAUUCCGGUUACAGCUUGGCCCAGGCCAGUGCUUGUGCGACUCUCGAUUUUGCGUUGCGGAUAUUAACGCACGAAUAUGAUUUAAAAGAAUGGCAUGUCAGUGAGAGACAGACUUGUGGCGCAGGGAAUGCAAGGGCGCUUAGCGAAGGGAGGGUCUUCAAUGGAAAUGGGCGGUUGCUGGCGAGUAUGACGCAGAAAACGAUCCUGAGACCAAAGGGGGUUUCGAAAAUAUGA